GUCCAUAUUUACUGCCACCUCCUAUAACUUUAAACGACACGACAAAGUUUUACAUAUCCCAUCAAUCCUACGGCUCUUUGUCCUUGAACAUCUAUCAAAUCUUCAACACCGACUAUCGUCAUCGUCGACUUUGGUCGUUUUAUACCCCGCUCCCGCGACAACAAUUUGAUAACCAGAGACCCCAACAUGGCCGGAGACGAAGAACACGAUGGCGCUUCCGUCCAGGAAAUCUUGAUCGAAGCAUGUCGCCGCAACAACGUCGAGCUUCUCGACGAAUGCCUAGAGGAAAAGACCGACGCCGAAAUCUCAAAGCUCCUCAACGAGACCAAGACCGUCAUGGGAAACCAUCUCUACCAUGAAGCCGCCUCUCGCGGAAACUACGAAAUCAUCGAUCAUCUCCUCGACCAGCCCGAAUUCGAGUGCGAUCCUGUAAACACCCGGGAAGGCGACACACCACUCCACACUGUCAUCAGAUGGAUAAACUCGGAGCCUCCCGCCCAGCGACCCUUCGGCAACGCCAUCGUCGAGAUGAUGCUUGAGGCUGGUUCCAACACCCGAGUCAAGAACAAGGCCCGCCUCACCCCAUACCAGCUUGUCGACCCCACCAACACAGAACUACGAGAGCUCAUCCAGAAGCACGAAUAUGCAAACCAAAAUGCAGGAGAUUUCAUCAAUGUCAACAACUCGACUAACCAGGGUGCUCUGCUCGAUGUUCCAGACGAGAGUGAUGAUGAUGCUGAGUUCAGUGGUAGUGACGACGAGGAGCGUGCUGAAUGGGAGAGGAGGCGGAAGGCGAAGCAGCGCAAAUAGACAAGCGAUGCAGUGCGCUUAGUUAUAAAUCUUUCAAAUAGAGGUUGUCUCAUGAGAAGAGACGGACCAACAUAUGGGCUGGCAUAAAGCAUUGAAUAUCAGAGCGAUAGAACCAAGGUAGCUUACGCAAAGGUGCAAGAAUAAGUGUUUCUUAUCUAAGGUUAUCGAAAAUAAGGGGGUAUAAACCUUCUAAUACAGGAGUGGUAUCACUUCCUCCUCUUCAUCUAUCAUGCAGUCGUGGGGCAUCUCGUUCGCAGCGUAAGUGCACAAAAGAGUGUAGUCGAGAACAGGAACCGGCCCGAACUCUGGACAAAGGAACUGUUUUC